CACUAGCAGACUGCUGCAGCUAACAUAGCAAGAGUCGACUUUAUUGAAACGUUUUCAGUGUCGAAUAUUAUUCCGGAAGAGCAAACAACCUAUAUUCAUCGGAAGAGCUGCGGACAGCAAGGAGAAAGCUAAAGGUCGGAGCCCAGUGAUCCUAUUUGGUAAAUGACCAUCUAGUUUGCGAGGUGGACACACACAACAUGUUGAACGUUAUUCAAGUGAAUGAGGAGUGAGAGAAUGUCAUCAAAAGACAAAGAGGUGAAAAACUAACAAAGAGCAAGCAGCAGCAUGGAGUUCAAAGCGUUAGGGAUGGAGGACGAGGAGGAGGAUGGGGACGAUGCAGCCAUGCAGUACAUAAUCGAGCAGAGUCUGCAGGACAGCAACAAACGCAAGGACGUCCACAGACAAGCUUCUACAACACGAGGCGACAGGAGCUCUAAGUGUGCAGAGGCGAUAUUCACUGCCAUAAGGCAAGGCAGAGAGAAGCUUGUGGAGGAGCUGUGUCUGAAGAGGAGAGACUCUUUCCUCCAGACAGACAGCAGAGGAUGGACGCCUCUCCAUGAAGCAUCAGCCCAGACCAACCAAACCAUUCUGGAGCUCACAUAUGGAGCUUCAGGUCGAGAGUCAGUGGAGCGUCAGACACAACGUGGGGAGACACCCCUCUUCCUGGCGGUGGAACGAGGUCUCAUGGACAAUGCCUCCUUUCUCCUUCAACACGGGGCCCGGCCCGACACACAGAACCAGCACCAGGACUCGCCGCUGCUUUUAGCAAUCCGGUUGGGCUGCGUGGACCUGGUCAAGCUGCUGCUCCAGCGGGGUGCGGCGGUCAACCAGGCGGGUCUCCACGGCCGCCACCCGCUCCACGAGGCCUCUCGGCUGGGCAGAGCCGAGCUGGUGAGCCUGCUUCUGGAAGCCAAGGCGCUGCCGGACGCCCGUAGCCGCUUUGGCCUUACGCCACUGGCACUGGCUGCUCAGGCGGGUCACCUGGAAGCGGCAGAGGUCCUGCUGAGGAAAGGAGCAGACGUGAUGUCUCAGGCGCAGGACGAGGCCUCCAUCUUGUACGAGGCGUGUGCGAGUGGAGAUGCUUCCGUUGUCGAGCUGCUGCUGGAAUACGGCGCCGACCCCAAUGUCGCUAAACAGAGUGGGCACCUACCGAUCCACCGGGCCGCUCACAGGGGACACCUGCACACUCUGAAGCUGCUGAUUCCAAUAACAUCUAUGGAAGACAUAAACAACAGUGGAAUGAGUCCACUGCACUGUGCAGCAGCUGGAGGACACACACAUUGCAUCAAGGUGUGUGUCCAUUCUCCUGAUGACUCUGUGGUCCAUGCUAAUAAACAUGAAGCCAUCCUCCAGGCGCUGCUGGACGAAGGCUUCGACCCAAACUACAUGCUGCAUCCUUGCGUGCGCCGAGGUUAUGACGACGAGAGGAAGUCAGCACUCUUCUUUGCCGUAUCCAACGACGACCUUCCGUCAGUCUGCAUGCUGCUGGAGGCCGGAGCCAUGACCAACCAGGACCCCGUCAAAUGUCUACAGGUCGCUCUGCGUUUGGGCAACUAUGAGUUGAUUAAAGUGUUGCUGAGGUUCGGUGCCAACGUCAACUUUUACUCCAGAAUCAACACAACACACUUCCCCUCAGCCCUGCAAUACGCCCUCAACGACGAGGUGGUUCUCAGAAUGCUGUGUAGCUAUGGUUACCACGUGGAGCGCUGCUUUGACUGUCCCUAUGGCAACGGAUCCCACGUUCCAGAGGACUACGAGGGCUGGUCCAACACUGUCAUCAAAGACACUAUGGUAACCAGAACUAAAACACACAAUGGACAUAUGCUGCCAGGCGGGACUGUGUGUGUGUUUGUCAGCACAGUUCUGCGAGGUGAUCACCGUUUCGUGGCUCAAGCAUCUCUCAGGUCAUGUGGUUCGGGUCCUGCUGGACUAUGUGGAUCAUGUGACAAUAUGCUGCAAGCUGAAGGCGGCCCUCAUGGAGCAGCAGCAGUGGAGCGACAUUUGCAGGAUGCAAGAGAACGCUCGCUGCCUGCAGCAUCUCUGUCGUUUGAGGAUUCGUCGUUGUCUCGGUCGCCUUCGUCUGCGAUCGCCUGUCUUCAUGAGCUUCCUGCCAUUGCCAGGACGACUUAAGGACUACCUCCUGUACCGGGAGUACGACCUUCAUGGGUGACAAGUUGCACAGUGUCAGUGGGGAUGACAACUACCACAAAAUUGUAACAGUAAUGAUUUUAAUUGAGGCAAUUAGAUAUAUUCCUGUUUGCUUACCUUUUAAUGACAUUUAUGCACUGUAGAAAGCCAUAAUUCAUGUUAAUAGUAUCAGUAGUUAUGUCACAGUUUUUAAAUGACCAAUUAUGCCACAUUUUAAAAAAUUAACAACUAUUCUU